CUAAAAACACAUCAAUAUCAGUGAUGCCAUCCAGCACUGUGUUAGAGGGCUAUCCAGUGACUCUGAACUGCAGCAGUGAGGCAAAUCCACCAAACAACUACACCUGGUACAGAGACAUUGGAGGACGGCUUCAACUGAUUCAGACUGGAUUUAAUCUCUCCUACAGAGCAAUUAAUCGCACACAGAGCGGACGGUACUACUGUGUAGCUCAAAACAAGUAUGGACAACAAAACUCAUCAGUUUUACUGGAUAUUCAGUACCCCCCUAACGGCACUUCAAUAUCAGUGUCCCCUUCCAGUACUAUUUUAGAGGGCAAUCCAGUAAGUAUGAACUGCAGCAGUAAUGGAUAUCCAGCAGUGGUCAACUACACCUGGUACAGAGCGAAUGGAGGACAGCUUCAACUUCUUCAGACUGGAAAUAAUCUCACCAUCAACGUAACUACUGCUGCACAAAGAGGCCGGUACUACUGUGUGGCUCAAAACAAAUAUGGUCAACAAAAUACAUCGAUUUUACUGGAUGUUCUCUUUUCCCCUAAAAACACAUCAAUAUCAGUGAUGCCAUCCAGCACUGUGUUAGAGGGCAAUGCAGUGACUCUGAACUGCAGCAGUGAGGCAAAUCCACCAAACAACUACACCUUGUACAGAGACAUUGGAGGACGGCUUCAACUGAUUCAGACUGGAUUUAAUCUCUCCUACAGAGCAAUUAAUCGCACACAGAGCGGACGGUACUACUGUGUAGCUCAAAACAAGUAUGGACAACAAAACUCAUCAGUUUUACUGGAUAUUCAGUACCCCCCUAACGGCACUUCAAUAUCAGUGUCCCCUUCCAGUACUAUUUUAGAGGGCAAUCCAGUAAGUAUGAACUGCAGCAGUAAUGGAUCUCCAGCAGUGGUCAACUACACCUGGUACAGAGUGAAUGGAGGACAGCUUCAACUUCUUCAGACUGGAAAUAAUCUCACCAUCAACGUAACUACUGCUGCACAAAGAGGCCGGUACUACUGUGUGGCUCAAAACAAAUAUGGACAACAAAAUACAUCGAUUUUACUGGAUGUUCUCUUUUCCCCUAAAAACACAUCAAUAUCAGUGAUGCCAUCCAGCACUGUGUUAGAGGGCAAUGCAGUGACUCUGAACUGCAGCAGUGAGGCAAAUCCACCAAACAACUACACCUUGUACAGAGACAUUGGAGGACGGCUUCAACUGAUUCAGACUGGAUUUAAUCUCUCCUACAGAGCAAUUAAUCGCACACAGAGCGGACGGUACUACUGUGUAGCUCAAAACAAGUAUGGACAACAAAACUCAUCAGUUUUACUGGAUAUUCAGUGUGAGUACAAAGAAAGCACAGUACAUCUUAUUGAACUUAUUAAACAACCCAGAAAAAUGGCACAGCAGCAUCCAACUAUAUUGCAAUUAUUGAUUAUUAAGUCUCUAUUUUAAAAGGAUGUUUUGACAGCAAUAAAAUAUAAUAUAGAUAACUAUGUUUUUAGUGGUGUAUAAAGACCUUAUGUAAUUACCUUAGAAUGAGUCGUUUUUGUCUACAAACACAGCAGGUCGCCCUACAUGUAAGCCGCCAUUUUGCACCGCCAUGUUUCUACAGUAGCCCUAAAUGGACAAACUGCUCUACAGAGCACAUUUGUCACUACGUUGUCUCAGAUGAUGACAUGUCUAUCCUGUGACGGCUAUCGUAGCUGCUCUAUGUGCUUCAAAAGGGAGGGGUGCAGUUCGCAUCCUCACCACUAGAUGCAGCUAAAAUCUACACACUGCACCUUUAAUGUAAUCUGGCUAUGUGAAGCAGACACGGCCAAUGGUAUAAAACAGAUGAGAGUUUCAUAAAGAAAACUGUAAUUUCAAAAUCAUUUAUUUGGCUAUUCUUAUAUAUUAUAACCAUGUUAUACGUUGGCAUCUUCUAUGUUGUCACUCUGCCUACAA